AUUUCCGGUUAGGACCUUUGUGCGUGAUGGAUACUUGACUUCGCCAAGAUAACAGCUGCUGCGUGCAGUCGGUUAGCUAACAUUAGCUAAGUGCUACAUCAUCGCUACAUGAGAGCAAAACACGCCUAUUUGUGUCUGCCUAGAGUUUAAAAAGUGUAUAUUCUACGUGGCUGCUCGUCACGCGUACAAGCACGUUGCUCAUUUUUAAUGGUGUCGUGUGCGUGCUAUGCCAGCUAAGCCGUUAGCACGCUGUGCUAGGCCUGCUAAGCUAACAUAUGCUAAGCUAAAAGCCGGUGACCGAGCUGAGCGAUGGGGAAGAAAGAGUCUAACUUCAAACCUCUGUGAUGGAGGCGGAGCCAGGCGGCCAUGAUGGACCUGUCUAAGAGCUUCUCUGUAGUGCCCAGAAGCCACGCCCCCGUCCAGGACCUCGCCAAGAAGCCAGAGUGGUACCACAGACGCCCGGCCAGCCCUCACCUCGAUGCCCCGUGCAGGACCAGAGCCACGUUGCGGCCCGAUGCGGGCGCCGGCGUGGAGCCGGGCAGCUACUCGAACGCUAGCCUCAGCCCCGGCCUUUACCGCGACGGCGUUCAUGGCGACCUUUGGUGUUCCGGCUUCUACGGGGCCGAUGACAUGGACAGCAGCGGCGAGGGCGAGGAAGACAGCGCCAGCAGCUCUGACGUCAUUGUCCUGCUGUCCACGUCCAAGCAGCCACUCUUGUGCGCCCCCUUUGUCGGGGACGGCGUGCGACACGUGGUGGAGUCGGCCGCGGCGUCCUCGCCAGGCUUCUGUCGCCAAGGCACGGCGCUCCCGAGCUCGCCGAGCCGAGACAGCUCGUCCUCGGAGGAGUCGUCCGACAGCUCGGGCGACAUCCCCCCGCAUCACGCCAGACCCGUGGUCCUCCUGUCAGACCUGAGCUCCGUCUAUGCUGACUCCGCCUACUCCCGCGUGGAUGCCUCCAGCGAUGACAGCGAUGUGGUGGAAGUUCCCGUUACCAAGGUGACACUAAAAAGACAAAAUAUUUCCCGUCAAAGGAGGAAUUUGGAGAAUGCCGAGCAGAUUGAAGCUCCGCCCACAGAGGGCAAACGCAGCGGCAGGAUCAGCAAGUGCCCCGUUUUUUCUCGCCUCCCUCGCCACCGCUUGACGAGGCGCGCGAAAAAGGACGCAGUGGGAAUUUAUUACGAAAGUUGCGACUCUGGCGACGUGAUGACGUACGCGCUGCGCUCGUCCAGCUCCGACGAGGCUCGUCCCCCUGCCGCCGCCCAGUGCGCUGUGGCUCCUACCCCAUCCAAGACAAAGGCGGAGCCUCAGCGCGACUGCCAGAUCCCGCUCGCCGCCCGCAGACGCACACCGACAAAACCGAGGGAGGUCACGGCAAAGCGGAGUGGGAGGGGCAAAGGAGCCGGCAAGAGGGCGGCGGCUUUGACGAGACAGCGAGCGGUGUUGGCCCGUUUCUCGCCGCCACCGGCGCCGAUCAAAGUCCGAGAUUCCAAACAGAAGAGGAGGAGUUCAGACAUAUUUUGUCCGUUUGUGCGUGUGCAGGACCAUCUUUGCACGGUGGUCAACCACAAGGAAGACCAGCAGGACGGACGCCUGAAAGACCAAACGUCCACUGCCACGUCUUCCGGCUUCCUACCCAAGACUUCCUGUUUCCGUCUGGCUCGACACGUCGCCGCCGGCGCAAGUCCAGUGACGCCGCUGUGCUACCUCUGUGGUCACGUGACUAACGCCCGAGGCCUCGGCGACCUCCACGGACCCUACUAUCCUGACCACGUCCCCCGGACCAGCCAGGGUGGGGAAGAGGAGCGUUGGAUCCAUGAGGACUGCGGCGCCUGGAGCGCCGGCGUCUUCCUGGUCAGAGGGAAGCUGUACGGCCUGGAGGAGGCGGCGAGCGCCACACGCCACACGGUGUGCUCCUUGUGCCAGCGACCUGGAGCUAUUAUGGGAUGUUCCCAGAAAGGUUGCACGCAAAGUUAUCACUACACCUGUGCACGCCACACAGGUUGCGUUCUAAACGAGGACAACUUCUCCAUGAGAUGUCGCCAGCAUCACAUGACGCAGCAUUACCAACAUCAAAGACACAUAAAGAGUGAGUUGUGGCGAGCGACGCGGCGACAUGUCAGGUGACCACGCCGUAGGAUGCCCCUCUAUCUUGAGGGUCACAUGGCGCAGGAGUGAUUGCAACUACGGUGCACAAAAAACUUUCCACAGCUCUCCUCUGGGGCGACGGAGCUUUUCUGACCACGCCUUCUGCUUUGUGAUGUCAUGGAAAGCGGCGUGCACGUGCGUGUGCAUGUGAGCUCAAGACAAACUGUCUGGUGACAAGUCUUACCUGUGCUGGACCGAGUCAGGACCUGGAAGCCACUUGGACAACCUGCAAUGGCGGCAUUCACAGCGAUGUUGAUGAUCGGAAAAUGUUUUUCUAAUGUCUAAGUAAUAUUUAUUUUAUUUAAAUCCUGUUUAAUGUAUUUUGAAAUAAAUGACAAGUUUCACUA